CUUCGAUUGGCGGAUAUGCAGACGGGGCGGGGCGCCCCCUUUGUCUGAGUGCGGUGCGGGCGGGCGCCCCUGCGGGUGAGGCAGCUGCGGGGACGGUUGUGCUCAGUCCCCUUCCCUUCUGGUUUCAAGUCCACCCAAGGAAGGCGUGCGUUGCCCAGAGGUGAUGGGCCUGCUGGGCUUGUGUCCUGCUGUCUGUCAGGCCCCACUCGCUCCUCCGACACCAUCUCCCUCAGACGUUCCAUGGACCAGAUGAUGGCGGCGGCCCGGCUCCUGCCGCCACCAGCGGUGCCUCAGGCCAAGGUGACCUUCGAGGAUGUGGCCGUGUUCCUCUCCCAGGAUGAGUGGGACCGCCUGGGCCCCGCCCAGCGUGGCCUCUACCGACACGUGAUGAUGGAGACCUACGGGAAUGUGGUCUCCGUGGGAAUUCCAGGAUCCAAGCCCGAGGUAAUCUCCCAGCUGGAGCGAGGAGAGGAGCCGUGGGUCCUGGACAAGCAGGGCAAUGAGCAGCUCAGGGGCUGGGGCAUCAGCCGCUCAGGAUGUGAGCACAAGGAUCAGGACCAGAACACAGACUCCAGCCUGAGGCCGCUCACUUCAGAGGAGAUAUCAAUGAUUCUGAGGAAAACGCCUGCCGAGUGGAGUGAUCCAGGAAGUUACGAACCUGAGCAGAGUUUCUGUCUGAGUCCCAGCCCUGCCCGCCCCCCUGAAGGCCAGGCCGUGAGUCCCAGUGUGCCGGUCACCCAGCGCCCGGCUGUUCCUGGCGGGGAGAGGCCCUACCGGUGCGUGGAGUGUGGGAAGUGCUUUGGGCGGAGCUCCCACCUGCUGCAGCACCAGAGGACGCACACUGGGGAGAGGCCCUAUGUGUGCGGUGUGUGUGGCAAGGCCUUCAGCCAGAGCUCAGUGCUCAGCAAGCACAAGAGGAUCCACACGGGCGAGAAGCCCUACGCGUGCCAUGAAUGUGGAAAGGCCUUUCGAGUGAGUUCGGAUCUCGCUCAGCAUCACAAGAUACACACAGGGGAGAAACCACACGAGUGUCUCGAGUGCCGCAAGGCCUUCACGCAGCUGUCGCACCUCCUGCAGCACCAGCGCAUCCACACUGGCGAGCGGCCAUACGUGUGCGGCGUGUGUGGCAAGGCCUUCAACCACAGCACCGUGCUGCGCAGCCACCGGCGGGUGCACACGGGGGAGAAGCCACAUGAGUGUGCAGAGUGUGGCCGCGCCUUCAGCGUGAAGAGGACCCUGCUCCAGCACCAGCGGGUGCACACCGGGGAGAAGCCCUACGCUUGCGGCGAGUGUGGCCGCGCCUUCAGUGACCGCUCCGUCCUCAUCCAGCACCACAGCGUGCACACCGGCGAGAAGCCGUACGAGUGUGGUGAGUGCGGCAAAGCCUUCCGGCACCGCUCCACUCUCCUGAACCACGAGCGCAUCCACACGGAGGAGAAGCCCUAUGGCUGCUACGCCUGCGGCAAGGCCUUCGUGCAGCACUCCCACCUGACCCAGCACCAGCGGGUCCACACCGGGGAGAAGCCCUACGUGUGCAGCGAGUGCGGCCACGCCUUCAGUGCCCGCAGGUCCCUGGUCCAGCACCAGCGGGUCCACACCGGCGAGCGGCCCUUCCGCUGCGCACAGUGUGGCAAGGCCUUCAGCUUGAAGGCCACGCUGAUUGUGCACCUGAGGACCCACACGGGCGAGAGGCCUUACGAGUGCAGCCGUUGCGGCAAGGCCUUCAGCCAGUACUCGGUGCUCGUGCAGCACCAGCGCAUCCACACGGGCGAGAGGCCUUACGAGUGUGGGGAGUGCGGCCGCGCCUUCAACCAGCACGGCCACCUCAUCCAGCACCAGAAGGUGCACAGGAAGCUGUGACCUUGCCUGCAUGUGAAGCCACACUUGGGAACUCGGGCUUCCAGCCCUGGGGAGCCUCCAGUCCGGGCGAAGCCCCUGCCAGUGACACCCAGUGUCACCCAGGAACUCACGGGCAGCACUGAAGCGUCUCUGGAAGAACUUCAGAGGACGCCUCCUUUGCUUCUCUCACCGUCUUGAAGUUACGUCGCAGAGUAGUCUCACAAUGGUAGUGAGUUUUGGUAAAGACAGCUACGAUUCAUUAAUGUUAGUUUGUUAGAAAUGGGAAACUAAAGGAAGUUUCAGCAUAAGGACCACUGUCCCAGCAAAACUUCCUCACACUCCAAAUAAAGGUUUUUUUUCUUAGAAUAUUAUAUGCCUUUCCUGGAGAAGGAAAUGGCAACCCACUCCAGUACUCUUGACUAGAAAAUUCCAUGGAUGGAGGAGCCUGGUGGGCUACAGUCCAUGGGGUUGCAAAGAGUCAGACACAACUGAGCGACUUUUCACUUUCACUCUCACUUCCUAAAUACAAUGGUGGUUCUGAUUAUUGCACUUAAAACUGGGAUAUUGGACUAUAUUUUCAGUAUUCUGUUAAAGUACUGUGUAGAUAAAAUGAUAUUAAAAAAUAUUGUUACCAAGUGUCAUCAUAUAAUAUUGGCUGAAAAUCCUAACUGUGGAACUACUUCUUUUCUAUGAAAAUGGUCUAAAGCUUAAUUAGUGAGAAGUGAUAUAAAUUUAGAAAACCCUUCAUCUGGUCCUUUAAUUUUAUUUAAGAUCAGAAGGGAUGUCCUAACUUAUUAGUGAAAAUUCAACUCAAAAAUGGAUCUUUUCCCCAAAACCUUUGCAGAUUCAUAGGAUGUCUUAGGCUUCUGGGCCCAUGUGGGCUUAGGAGGUGACUUUGUACUCAGAGCCCAGACCUCACAGCUGCUGUACCACCUGGGUGCCUCUUUUUUACACAGUAUGAUGUUUCCCAGAAAUGUUACUAAAAAGUCUUUGGCACACACUUCCAAAACAAAAUUCUCAAAUAGCUUUUUGUUUACUAUUUCUAAUAUUUCUAUUCCUGUGAUGAAGGGUUUUCUUCAUUUUUUACUUCUGGUUCCAAGAGUCUAGUAUCCGUUGUCAUAUCCUGCGAUAAAUCUAGUUUAUUCAUAAGUUUUGUUUUUUGGCCAAGCAAUGCAGCAUGUGGGAUCUUAGUUCCUUGACCAGGGAUCGAGGCUGUGUCCCCUGCACUGGGAACCCUGAGUCUUAACCACUGGACCACCAAAAGCCCCUGUUCAUUAUUUUUAAGAAUUUUUUUUCCCCUUGAUGUUGAGAGCAUUAUCACCUCAGGAAAAAUUAAGCAGUAGAGUGUUGAUCCUGAAGUCCAUAGCAGUCACUGGUGAAGAUGAAAGCGUCCCUUAGAGCUAGUCACAGUGUUCAUGCUUCUUGCUGAUAUUUUUAGAAUAGGUAAAAAGUAUAAAUUGUAAACAGUUCAUAAAAUUAUGAUAAGCUGCAGAAUAAUAAAAGGCAAAAAUUACUUUUUAAAGUUUAAAAUAUAAAUUUAAAAGUUUAUAAUUAAAGGUAAAUCAAAAUAACUGAAAGGAGAUUCUAGAAAUAGUUAAAAUUAUCAUAAAGGAGCUUUUAAACAAAGUUUAGACAAUAAUUAGACUAAGAAAAAACUGAAAAGCUUACAGUUUGUUACAGACUUAUCAGUAAGUAAAUGGUGCAACAAGUAAAAUGAUACAGUUUGGUUAAAAUUGGUAAAUUUGGUGACAAGAUGAAAGUUCUAGAGUAAUUCUCUGAGAAGGGUGGGCAUGGCGUAGCCUUUGUGGAUACAGGAGCUGCAGCCCAGAAUGGUCUGUGGUCCGAGUUCCCAAGCCCGUGUUUCCCAAGCCUUGUGUGUAUGUCACCUGGGGGUAGUGUGCAGAGACAGUGAUGCACUUGGGCUGUCUUCUUUCCUCUGCUGAUUGCAGGUAUUUGAUGUGCAGAGGGAAAUCACAAAAGAACCUGAGCACUGGUACAGGCCAGAGAUUCCAUGCAUUGUGGUGGCCAGUAAAAUCAACGGUGAGGCUACCCCUGCAUCUCAGUUCAGUUCAGUCUCUCAGUCGUGUCCAACUCUUUGGAACCUUAUGGACUGUAGCUCGCCAGGCUUCCCUGUCCAUCGCCAACUCCCGGAGCUUGCUCAAACUCACGUCCAUGGAGUUGGUGAUGCCAUCCAACCAUCUCAUCCUCUGUCCUCUUCUGCAUACAAUCUUUCCCAGCAUUAGGGUCUUUUCCAAUGAAUCAGUUCUUCACGUCAGGUGACCAAAGUAUUGGAGCUUCAGCUUCAGCAUCAGUCCUUCCAAUGAAUAUUCAGGACUGAUUUCCUUUAGGAUACACUGGUUUGAUCUCCUUGGAGUCCAAGGGACUCAGGAGUCUUUUCCAACAUCACAGUUCAAAAGCAUCAUUUCUUCGGCGCUCAGCUUUCUUUAUGGUCCAACUCACAUCCAUAUACAUGACUACUGUAAAAUCCAUAGCUUUGACUAGACAGACCUUUUGUUGGCAAAGUAAUGUCUGCUUUUACAUCUGUGUCUUUGGUUUUUACAUCUGGGUGCCAGCAAUUCAUAGGGGAACCCACUAUCACACAUGUCUUCCUCCUUUCCUGGGCCGUCGAACCAUCAGUGAUCUGUUCUUCCCAAUAUAGACCCCUUAGCUGCUUGCCAUAACUUCCCAUCCAGUAAGAUCCACGUCAGCCAACCUGCCUCCUUGAGACACAGAUCCCAGUUAAAUGAGCUCCUUCUAUGACAUGUCUGCUAAUUGUCCCUGGUUGUCCCACUUCCUAAAAUGGGACCUCCAGUGACCAACCCUUCAAAACUCUCCUUUUUCCUUGGUAGACAGGCCAAUGUCCUACCUUCUCUCUACAGCAGACAUGAAGGUGACCCAAAACUUCAGUUUUGCCAGGAAGUUCUCCCUGCUCCUGUACUUGGUCUCAGCUGCUGAUGAUACCAAUGUUGUGAAGGUAAUAAGAGACUGCAGAGAUGGUCUAGUAAGGUGCUGACG